CUUGCAUGGACAGUGUUCGUAGUCUGCAAACUCGUAUGGUUUUUUUGUGUCGGCGUAACGUCGCCGCUCGGUAAAAGACAACUAAUUCACUGAGUAAGUGCUGGCAAGUUUAUGAAGUUGUUACUCUGCUAGCUUCAGGCUGGCUAAGCUAGCUGACGAGCAAGUUAGUUUGAAACAAGUCGAGAUAUUUCACGUCAAGUAACUAUUAGAAACAACACAAUUGUUUCAACGAGAGAAGAAGUUAUACCAGAUUAGCACCCAAGCAACGAAAGGGGCAACUUUUUCAGGAUGUUUAUCCAGUAAUUGCGAUUUUAGUGAGUGCAGGAAUGUGCUUGGUCGUACUUGGUUCAGGUAGCAUGUAAACACUGUGAUUGAGAGCAGCCCGAGUGUCUUUUCACCUGAUGUGAUUCAUGUAGACUUCCAGAAGCUCACACGGGAAAUUAAAACAGCUGGUGCACAUUCUGUGAUUGCUAGCUUCAUGAGCUUCCUUAAUUCUCCUCUCCGGCAGUGAGUGCCGCUGCGACUGAAGGCCAUUAGCAAGACAAAGGUCGCCUCCAUGGAGCCAGCACAGGAGUCUUUGUAAAGGGCGAGGGGGGGUGUAGAGACGCCCAGAGUGAGAAAGAGCCAGAUUCAGCAUUUUAUGGACGAAACCUGAGCCGGGAGUCGUUUUGAUUGAUGAUGGCGGAUUUUGUUACACCGCGACACAGCGCGGUGAUGGAGAGGCUCCGCCGGAGGAUCGAGCUCUUCCGGCAGCAUCACAACAGCUGCGAGCGCCGCUACGAGAGCGCCACGCUGGAGCGUCUGGAGCUGGAGAGGCAGCAGACCUUCGCCCUGCACCAGCGGUGCCUGCAGGCCAAAGCCAAGCGCUCUAACAAGCACCGCCAGCCCCCGGCCGCCGGAGAGCAGGCCGGCCAGAGGGCGCCUGGAGGAGGCGGAGGAGCGGGAGGCGGGGGAACAGGAGGAGGAGGAGGAGGCGGCGGUGGAGGCGUGGAGCUUGGAGAUGGUGGAGGAGCACCUGAACAGAGCAGGAACAGCACCCUGAUUGCCUUGCAGGAGACGGUUAAGAGGAAGUUGGAAAGUGCUGGUUCUCCACUUGGCAGAGACCAGGUCAACGGUUUCUCCGAUGGCUUUCCUCCCAGCAAGAAGGUGUGUAUGGACACCACUGCCAACGGCUCCCCGAUGGACUCCAAGCUGGGGAUCGGCGAUUCACUCAAAACUAACGGCACGCAUGUGCCAACCGGCGAGUCGGCAGACAAGGAGGCGGGCUCAGAGUUUCAGCGCAAGGAAAUGAAGCAGGAGCCAGAUGAUAUUCUUCCCAUCAUGCCUCCUUCAGGAGGAGGCGGUAACAACAACAGCCUGCUCCCCGACCUCAACCUCAAUGAGCAGGAGUGGACGGAGCUGAUGGAGGAGCUGAACCGCACAGUGGCCUACGAGGACAUUCAGGACAUCCUUAAUGAUGGUUUUGAAGACCGCAAGGACCCUCUGGAGAUGACGCCAAAUCCAGGAAGCGCUGGUGGCACCGGGGGAGGAAGUGGCAGCGGAGCAGGUGGUGGUGCACAGUCCUCCCAGAGUCUCCUUACUCUGGAUUUGGGCAGCGUCAAAGCCGAGUUCUCCCCGGCCUCAACAGCCUUCGAUCAGGACUCUCGUACUGGUUCCCCCCACGUCAGGCCUACAUCUUCUGGACCUCCUCCUCCUCACCCCACCAGCUCUCCUGUUGCUACUUCUUCAGCCUCCUCCCCAGCCGUGCCCCUAUCCCAACAGGCUCCUCCCCCCAGGCAACACCAGCCUCCUCCCAACCACCUUCUUCCUCCAGGCCCCCCAGUACCCAAAGACCUGUCCCCUGCCCAGCAGCUUCAGCAGCUGGCAGCUCAGCAGCAGAGAGCCCAGCACCUGCACAGCCAGCUGCAGCACAAGCAGCCACAAGCGGGGGCCAAGUUCCACUCCCAGGGCCCUCACGCCCACCCCUCAUCCUGGACACAAAUGACCAAACCCUCUCAGAGCCCACUCGGGGGGGCGUUUAGCAUGGACAAGCCUACAAGCCCCUCUUUGUACCCACAGGACUUCAAUUCCAAUGCCCAGAAGCAGCUACUGAUGUCUGGUCAGCCAACCAAGGGUUCUCCCAAGGCGGGGGCCAACAGCUACAUGCCAGUGGGCGGCGGCCACCCCAACAUGUUGGGCCACCCGGCUCAGGGGCCGCCUCUCAAUCACGCGCAGGCACCCAGUGCCCAGGCCCAAGCGGCCAUGCUGAAUUACAACAACACCAAACCCCUGUCGCACUUUGAGGCAGGACCCGGUCUUCCCCGGGCUCCCAUCAACCAGAACCAGAACAAAGCGGCGCUUCUGACUCUGCUUCGACAGCAACAGCAGCAGCAGCAGCAGCAGAUGAAGCAGAAGAACAACAUGAACUUCCGCCAACAUCUCACACACUCGCAGGACCAGAACUCCUACCCUGCCCCUCCUCAAGGCCCAAAUCCCGCCAGCACAAUGGUAUCCACACCAGGAAACAACGGCAUGGCGGCUCAGCCUGGGGCGAACGCCAUGGCGGGUAACCAUGGUAAUGCAGCCUACCUGAACAGCCAGGCUGCGGUUGCAGCCGCGCUCAAACAGCAACAGCAUCAACAGCAGAUCCUGGAACAGCAGAAACAGCAGCAGUACCUGCAGAGACAGCAGCUCAUGGCAGAACAGGAAAAACAGCGACAGCAGGACCAGCAGCUGCAGAGACACCUGACCCGACCCCCGCCACAGUACCAGGACCAGCCGGGCCAGCAGGCCAAUCAGAACACUUUCCCACAGCCUCCAGUCAGCCAGUUUACAGCUUCCUCUCAGCCAAUGGCCAGUGUGGCUUCAAUGGGAGGCCCUGCACCUGGACCCCAGCGUAUGUUCCCCCAAAAUCAAGGCAUGAUGACAAUGAACAUGGCUCAGAGUGGCGGCCCGACGGGCGGUGUACCUCCACCCCCAGCGGCGAGCCAAACGGACAUCAGUCUUCCAUCCUGCGGAGGCGGUGGAGCCGGCGUGGACGUCCAGCAGGUCCUGUACAAUAACAUGAACCUUCACACGGGUCACCAGCCCCAGCAGCGCCAGCCUAUGGGAUCCAUGAGCACACCCUACAGACAGAAUCUCCUGGCCCAACAGCAGCAGCACCUCAAGGCGCAGCCGAACGCCGCCAUGUUGAAGCAGCAGCAGCUGGCCGCCACCCGCAUGCCUGGCUCCAUGCAGGCCACCAUGGGAGCCAACAUGACGACGUCCAUGCCCGGAGCCAUGCAGGGAACCCAGAACGCCGUGUGGCAGCAGCAGCUCGCCAACCAGCCGCCUUCGAGUAACUCUGGCCUGCCCCCCAACGCCUUCACUAACCCUCCCAACGCCUUCCACAUGCAGCAGUCUCGGAUUCCCAAAAUGGCUCCCGGCGCUGCCGCUUUUAGUUCCAACCCAGGGGGCCGGCCAAUGGGAGCGAUGAUGCAAACAAGCAUGCCGGUCGCCCAACAGAGGGCGCCGCCCAAUCCUCAAAGCCUGGGCCAGCCGAUGGCCAACCAGCAGCAGGCAGCUCAGAACCAGAACGUCCUUCCCGACCUAGCCGCGUUCGGUCCGGCGCAGAGCAACGGUCGCCAAGGCCUGCCAUGUAACCAAGGUUACCAGGUGAGCAGGACAGCCAAUCAGCAGCAGCUCUCCUUCGGAUAUAACGCCGCGGCCGGGAGCUUCGCCGCCGAGAGCGACCUAGUGGACUCGCUACUGAAGGGCCAGAGCACCCAGGAGUGGAUGGCCGACCUGGACGAGCUGCUCGCUAGCCACCAUUAGGCCACGCCCCAUCUCAACCUGCUGGGCUGAUGGAGGCGGAGCCUGAGCGUUAGUGUGAAUGUUACUUCCUGUCUACUGUCUUUGACUGGCCCUCAUUGGACCGCCGCCAUGGACUUGCUGAGCGCGAGCAUUGGGAACCUUUCUGAUGCAUGAUGGGAGUUUUGUUCUUUGCCUUGUGGGCGGAGCUUGUUUCUACUUCUGACACGCUUGAUCUGGCUUCCCAGCGUUUGUGUGUAAAUGUCUAUAAAUCUAUUUUUUGUAUGUAAACCUUUGCUAAUGAUCUGGACAUAGAUGUUAUUUUUAUAUAUGGCAGACAAUUUUUGUAAGUAUUUUCUACUUUUGAUAUCUCUGUAAAACAAGAGUAUUAUGUAAAUAUAGUUCUACUCGAGAA